AUGUUCAAAGCUAUUGCUUAUGAUGAUAUAAAAUCAUUUAUCUCGAUAACAGAAAGUGAUGAUUUUGAUGAACAUCAAAUGACAGAUUGGGGAAUAUAUUUAUUAGAUAGAUACUCAUUACUUGAAAAAUGCUGUUAUUUUGGUGCAGUUCAAUGUUUUAAAUAUUUGAUAACAGAGUUUGAAGUAGUAAUCACUAAAAGAUGCCUUGAAUUGUCAUUUUUAGGAGGAAAUGCAGACAUCAUGAGCAAAUGUUUUAAAAAAAUAGAACCGGACAAAGAAUGUAUGAAAUAUGCAAUAAUUUCACACAACAUUGAUUUUAUUACGUUUUUAAUGUAUGAAAAACAGUUGACAAUUGAUGUAAAUGAUUGUAUUUAUUAUCAUAAUCUUAAAGCCUUUCUUGUUCAUUUUGAUCAAGCAAAUGAUAUUAAUGAAAUAUUAUUUCAUUCUCUUAGUUUUAAUAUUCUGUCUCUUUAUAAAUAUUUGGUUCAUCAAGGGGCUAAUAUCAAUGCAAAAGGCAAUGGCGAAAAGACAGUAUUACAAUAUGCUGUAGAAAGGAACAAUAUUGAAAUCGCACAAGUAUUUAUUUCGCUUGGUGCGGAUGUUAAUGUACAAUUAAAAUAUGGAAGAACGGCCUUCAUCAACGCAAUGAACCAAAAUUAUAAAGAAAUGAUGGAAUUACUCAUAGAAAAUGGUGCUGAUGUCAAUAUAAGAGAUAUAUGGGGAGCUACAGCCCUUCACUAUGCAGUACAACAAAACUCAAAAGAAAAAAUAGAAUUUCUUCUUUCAAACGGAGCGCAGAUUGAUGCCAAAGAUAAGGAAGGAUUCACAGCUCUUCUUCGUGCAAUAGAAAAGGAUAAUAUUGAAAUGUUCGAAUUGCUUUAUUCACAUGGUGCCGAUAUUCAUUCAACAAAUAAUAAUGAAUAUAAUGUACUUCAUUUUGCUGCGCAAAAAAUUUCAUAG